CAUAUGCGAUGUAUAGUAUACAUAAUUGUAGAACCCCAAACACAAACAUCAUAGUAUAUAGUAUCUAUCUAAAGUAAAUAAUCAUGGCACGGGAGAACCCUCUUGUUAUUGGUGGUGUGAUUGGGGAUGUUCUCAACCCUUUUACAAGCUCCGUUUCUUUGACUGUUUCAAUCAAUAAUAGGGCGAUUAGCAAUGGCUUGGAACUCAGGCCCUCUCAAGUUGUUAAUCGCCCUAGGGUUACUGUUGGUGGUGAAGACCUAAGGACCUUCUACACUCUGGUUAUGGUGGAUGCAGAUGCACCUAGCCCUAGCAACCCUGUCUUGAGGGAAUACCUUCACUGGAUGGUGACAGAUAUUCCAGCUACCACAAAUGCAAGCUUUGGGAGAGAGGUUGUGUUUUAUGAGAGCCCGAACCCUUCAGUAGGGAUUCAUCGAAUCGUGUUCGUAUUGUUCCAGCAAUUGGGCAGAGACACUGUCAUCACCCCAGAAUGGCGCCAUAAUUUCAAUUCCAGAAACUUUGCUGAAAUUAAUAACCUUGCACCUGUUGCAGCAGCUUAUGCCAACUGCCAAAGAGAGCGUGGUUGCGGUGGAAGGAGAUAUUAACAAGUUCAAUUAAUGAAGAUUCUUGGAUGCCUUACUCCAGCUUAUACUUUAGAGAAAUAAAGACAGAAGAGAGAAAAAUAUAUAUAGUACCUUAAGUAAUAUGAUGUAAUAAAAGGAAAGAUAAAUAAUGAUAAUAAUAAUAAUGAUAAUAAUAAUAAUAGAUGCUUAGUGUAAUAGAAUAGUAGCACUAUCAUCAAAUAAGUUAGAAGAGUAAUGGAGAAAAAGAAUAAGUUAGAAGUUAAUAAAAUCUCUCCUUUUUUAAAUAAUAAUUUAGAGAGAAGGUACCAUCUUGCAAUGCUAGAGCAUGCCAUUCAGGAACUUCUUCAACAGAUUAUGGUAGCAACGGAAAAAAAAAUACAAAAAGUUCAUGCAUGGUUCAUACAUACUACAGGGAUCUCAUCCUGUAUUAUUGUAAUGUACGAACUGUUAUUCAUUUUAAACAACGUUUGCUUCAAUAAAUUACAUACAAUAUUAUUAACAUUUUACCCUUUCAA